UUUACAAACAAAUUCGAGUCCAUUUCGUAUUUUUCGCGAUUAGCGGCAAUGUAGGAAAGUCGUAAGUGGCAAUGACGUUAAGGUCGAUUUUCGCGCGCACGCAAAGAAAACACGGCCGAAUUGAAACUACUGAGGAGAGCCCUUCGGCGCCCCGGCCGGGCACGCCGCUCAAUUCAAUCGUGUAGUACAAUAGAAAAUUCUGUCUGACAGCUCGGGACCGUCACAAGAAAAUAAUGUCGUUUUUAUUACAUUUUUUGAUAAAUUAUUAUUCUAGUUUCGGUUCGGCGGCGUUCCAACGGCCUUAUCGAUUUUCCUAUUUAGCGCGCUAUCGUAUUUUAUACAUUUUCGAAAGGUCCGCGCCGCGUCUAUGCGCUUUCGAAAAAUAUUUUACAAGUAUUUUCUCGGCGGCGAACGGACGUCGAGUGCGGUGCCGUAAAUUGGUAAUAAUUCCGUUGAUUACACAGUAAUAUAGUAGCCGAAUAUGGGUUAGUGGAGGCACGGACACAGCGAGCGUUAACUUCUGUGAUACGAUCAUAUGAAAAAUGUUUGUGUUUGUUUAAGUUUUAGUGUACAGUUUGGUUGAUAGUUGUCAGUGAGUGCAUUCCGAUUGUGAAAGUGCAGCUAGUGUUAUUGUGCGACGGAUGCUGCAGUGCUGGCCGCGAAGCUGGUCGCUUGCCCACCAGAACGGUCGCCCGAAUUUACCCACCAGAAGAGUACAUUCCAUGCGUGCCUAUUCGCUCAGACAUUAUUAGGGUUUAAGACAAACAUCCCGACCAAAAUCACCAACCAAACUUGAUCUGAUGACCUGCCUUCUCAAUACCAAAGUUUAAUUUAUUUAUUUGGGACAUUAUUAUAGAUUAUAGUUUAUGAAAAUGACGCCUCAACAGUAUUGCUUACGAUGGAAACAUCAUCACACGAACGUACAGAACAUGUUCGCUCAACUCCUCGAAAAAGAACGGUUCUGUGAUGUCACCCUGUACUGCUCACCGAGUUUCGCCACUCAAGUUGGCGGGAAAGAUACGGUGGAGCCCCAGAACAUACGAGGAGUCUCCCUGAGAGCACAUAGGGUGGUAUUAGCAGCAUGUUCAGAAUUGUUGGGUGCCCUGCUGGGCGCGCACGAGGCUCAGGGCGAACCCGUUCUCGUCAUCGAUGGCGCGGAACCUAAACAUCUGAAGGCUCUCCUCGACUACAUGUACACAGGCGAAAUGAACGUGCAUCAUUCUCAGCUGGCGAGUCUCUUGAAGACAGCAGAGGAACUUCGAAUCAAAGGCCUGACGGAUAUACGUUGGAACAACAAAGAUGAGCCGCCUGAUUCAGAAGCAGGUAUAGUAACAACAGCCACCCCUGCGGACUCGAAACACCCAGAAAAGCAUGUCGAUGCGAAGCCACCGAAACACUCCCCGAAGCACGUAUCAGAGCUGGAGCGAGUGCACAAGCAAGAGAAUGACAUAGAGAUCCGAGGAGAGAAAUACAAUGUUAAUGGCGGACCCCCACCCCUUAUUAAACUACCCAUCAAAGAAAAAUCAAGUCCAAUCAAGAGAGAGAAUUCAGACUCAGACAGUCCAAGCCCGAAACGCCAGCGUCUCGCGAGUGCCAACGAGAACACGGACGAUGAACACCUAAACUUAAUUAAAACUGAACGAGAAGAAUGGCAGCAUGGGAAUUUAGAUAUAUCAGCUGAGCGAGUGGUGGGGUGGGGGAUGACGUCACUGUCACGAGACUCGACGUCACGUGACGCGUCAGACGACGACUGGGCUGACGCGCCGACUGACAUCGCGUCAUUUCUGCACACGAAACUGAGGGUAGACGGUGAUAAUAGUGCUGAUGACGAGUCGAACGAGAGCGUGCCCACUCGGCAGUCGGCCGCCGCGUCGUCCUCGUCCUCGGCCGCCGCCUCUAGCGUCUCGGCCUCCGAGUUGAGGGUCGAGAUGGCCAAGACACAGCUACUGCAGCUGGCUAAACAGACCGUAGCCGCGAAGUCGACGCCCUCCGACCCUCGGUUCACGGACGUGGUGAAGCUGAGCGACUACCUGCAGCACGGCAGGAGGCCGCAGUUCUGGGAGGAGAAUUAUGUUAAGAGGGUAAUGGAGGCGGUGCGUCUCAAGGAGUUGGAAAUGAAACAGGCCGCGGAGAUCCUCGGCGUCAGCUACGGAACCCUGUACGGGAGGUACCGAGACGUCUACGGCUGCAUCAACAGGCCCUACAGGGCCGUAAGGGACUUCUGGCAGGCGAAGGGUCCCUCCGAGGUCCUGGAGCGGCUUCAGAGAGGUGAGAUGACCCUGGACUCGGCUGCGCAGGCGCUGGGAGUCAGUAUUGCGAACCUAGCUGCACACGUGGCCGAUUUUGGAGUCCCGGAGAAAGACUUCGAGCCGAUCCCCAUAGAGAUGGACCCGUCGCUGAAGGUUCGCUCGCGCACGUACAGUGCGGGCGCCGCUAAGGCCGCGCGGAAACCGCCCUCAGCCACUACUAAUGCAAGUGAUAAUAAGCCAAUAAAGAAGAUAUUAAUAGGUACGAUGACGGAUGAAGAACCCAUACCAGCGACGGUGAUCACCACUCACGAUACCACGAAACCACCAACCACACCACCCACUACAGUCAGCGGGAAAUGGCCGACGAUUAGAGUGGCGAGUCUGGACUCGCUACGCGGGGGCGGCGCCCUCAUGCGGACCCGCCCAGACCUCACCAUAGUGGCUGCACGGAAACCCCCCGAAAAGAAAGAAGAUGACACUACGUGACUCAACUAGGUAGGACCAAUGACCCGUGCGAGUAAAACAUACGUUGGUAGGACCUGCAAAAGAAAUGUGAAGAAAUAAAAAUGGUAUUUAAAAACUUUGUAUUACACACACAUUUUGGACAAUCGUGUAAUUGUGAGAUUGGUUUUUGAGUGCGAUUGAGGUACGUAUCUGAAACUCGGAUAUUCGAAAAAUAUCCGAAAACGAGAUUAGUUUCAAAUGUGUUGACAGAUGUAAUAAGUGACUACCUACAAGUUUCGUUCAAACAUAUAUAGAAAAAGAAUGAGACAGUUUCGGAUAAAUGCGUAUCCGAAACUUUAAAUGUUCGGAUAUUCUUAAUGUUAAUAUUAGUAUUUAAAAGUUGUACACUGACCGUUAUAAAAAUGUAAUUUUGAUGUAAAAAAAAUAAUUUUCAAAACGAAUGUUUUUCGAAAAUUGGCCUUACGGAGUUAUUGUAAAUAGUAAAAUUUAAAAUAAAUAUUCGUUUUCUAUCAAUUUAUAGGAAAAUAUAUUGUUAGUCGUUUAUUAUAAAUAUAUUUUUAAAGUGCGAAAUCUUCACGUCAUUUUUGUGAUUAUAGUUCAAGUAUUUUGUCAAGAGAUGGCGUUAUUUUAAAAUUU